AUUCUCACCACGCAUGGGCAGCUGUGGGAGUGCACAGCGCGGCGAUCGGCGGUGCGCUGUGUCCCUCGGACACAGCGGAUCACCGAUCCACGGAAAGAGCCGAAGAUGUCAGCUCGGUCAUGUGAUCAGCUGUGUUCAGUCACAGCUGAUCGCAUCAGUGCCACCUGUCAGUGUCCAUCAGUGCCAGCUCUCAGUGCUCAUCCAUGCCACCUGCCAGUGCCACAUAUCAGUGCCUACCAGUGCACAUCAAUGUCACAUAUCAGUGCCCAUCUGAGCUGCCUUUGUGUCACCCAUCAGUGCCAGUCAGUGCCACCUAUCAAUGCCAGUCAGUGCCUGUCAGUGCUGCCAGUCAGUGCCGUCUAUCAGUGCCAGUCAGUG